AUGAACCGAAUACUCGGCACGAACUACACAUUUUACGGCCUCGAUCUGCUUAGAGACAUCGCUGAAGGCCAUCUGUGGGAGGAGUCGGGCAACUUUCCUCGGAUCACAAUGUGUGAUUUUGAGAUUAGGAAAUUGGCCAACAAACACCGUUAUACCGUGCAGUGUGUUCUUCCUAUCAAUAUGUUCAACGAAAAGAUUUUCAUUUUCCUCUGGUUUUGGUUCAUUCUUGUAGCCGCGGUAGCUACUAGCAGUUUCCUUUACUGGUCCUACAAAUCGAGUUUCCGCAAUAACCGUAUUCACUUCAUUCGCAAGUUCCUCAAACUCCGUGAAGCCCUGUCUCCCGGGGAAAAGAAGCGAAGUUUCACCUUCGUAGACAAUUACCUGCGGCAGGAUGGAGUCUUCAUUCUGCGAUUAGUCGCACAGAAUGCUGGCGAGCUUGUUGCUUCUGAGAUUGUAGAGAAAUUAUGGCAAAUGUUCAAACGCCGACAGGAUGUAGGGCUGGCCAAAUCACCCGAAAAGCAUGCCCCUCCUGAUCCCGUUGGGUGGAACCUGCCCAUCAACAAUAAACAGAAAUCAGCUAGCAGCCAUUCCUGUCACAGCCACGCGACCAAACGGGAGAAUAGGGGAAUGCAGUCUGAGGUCGGCUCCACUUUAGGACAGCACUCGGCUUACCCCGUCCAGGGUGUCAGUUCUCCACAGGUAUCGGUUCUUGGAAAGCCAGUGGAUGGGCACCAACACAAACACCAUUUCACCCUUGGGCUCCCACCUCCCCCUGUUCCAAAGUCUCUCUCCUCAGCACCUCCACCCCUACCUCCCCCACCGGGCAGCUGCAUCCCUUCCGGUGGCAAUGAUGGUGGCGGAGGCAGUGGGAGUAUCGGCAGCCACAGCUCAACCACAAAGAGCAGUGAUCAUCUAAUAAAUUCCCGUGCCUCCAAGGGCAACAAACGGGGAAGUGAUUCUCUUUCCAAAGAGGACAAACUUAGUCUUCAAUCCAGCAGCUCUGAGUUUCGGCCCUCUGCACCCUCCGGUGAGACUGUGUCCCGAAUAAAUCAAACAGUUGCGAACCGUUCUGCAAUUUCGCGGUUACGGCUAAAUGCCAACAGCGCGAUUGAGGAAGACCCCGGUGAAUUUGUUUAA